CAAAGGAAAGACAAAACACUAGCAUUAGUUUAUGUUGAAGCAUUGGAAUGUGACUCUACUGCACAAUUAUCGCAAGCUAUAAUAGACAGACAGCCGACAGGCAUAGGCAGAAAUGUCACGGGAUUUAAAAUUGAUAAGUUUUAUUUGGUUUUGUGAGUUUCUUAAUUGAAUCUGCAUUCCAAGAAGAGCUGAAGAUGGAGCAGGGUUUUGGAUGGAUGGUUUUCACAGCUUUGGUGGGUGGGUCUGUUGCAAUAUAUUGGUUGCUAAAGGGUGCAAAUCAAUGGUACUAUGUGAGUAGGUUGGGUAGAGAGCUGUAUCCACUUCCUCCAGGUGAUAUGGGGUGGCCUUUGAUCGGGAACAUGUGGUCCUUCCUAUUUGCUUUUAAGUAUGGUGACCCUGAUUCAUUCAUAUCCAACAUGGUUGCCAGAUUUGGUCGCACAGGAAUCUACAAGGCUUACAUGUUUGGAAGCCCAAGCAUCAUUGUCACAUUGCCCGAAACAUGCAAACAAGUGUUGAUGGAUGAUGAAAGAUUUAAAUCAGGUUGGCCUAAAUCAACUAAUGAAUUAAUGGGGAGGAAAUCAUUUUUGGGCUUAUCUGGUGAAGAACACAAGCGUCUGCGCAGGCUUACAGCAGCACCAAUUAAUGGCCACAAGGCACUGUCUAUGUACCAUGAGUACAUCAAGGAAGUAACCAUAAAUUCAUUAGAUGAACUUGCUAAGACCAACAAACCAAUUGAGUUCUUGAUUGAGGUCAAGAAGAUCACCUUUAAAAUUAUUAUGCACAUUUUUUUGGGCAGUGAGGUUGAUCCAAUGAUGAAGACUUUGGAGGAGGAGUACGCUAAUCUAAAUAAUGGAUUAAGAGCCAUGGCCAUUAACCUGCCUGGAUUCGCAUUCUAUAAGGCACUUAAGGCUCGGAAAAAGCUGGUAAAGAUCCUUCAAGCUGUUGUUGAUGGAAGAAGGGCAAGAAAAAGUAGCAAUCUUUCAGAGACACAGAAGGAUAUGAUGGAGUUAUUAAUGGAUGUUGAAGAGAAUGGCAGAAAAUUGGACGAUGAGGAGAUCAUAGACAUAAUCCUUAUGUACUUGAAUGCUGGCCAUGAAUCUUCAGCCCAUGCCACAAUGUGGGCAACCCUCUUUUUACAACAACAUCCAGAAUGUCUCCAAAAAGCCAAGAGAGAGCAAGAGGAGAUUAUUAGAGGAAGACCAUCAACAGAGAAAGGAUUGAUCUAUAAAGAAAUUAAACAAAUGGAAUAUCUCUCCAAGGUUAUUGACGAGACGUUGCGGGCAGUUUCUAUUUCAUUGUUUACUUGUCGUGAGGCAAAAACUGAUGUUAGCAUCAAUGGUUAUACAAUACCACAAGGAUGGAAAGUGUUAGUUUGGUUUAGGGGAGUUCACAUGGAUCCAGAAAAUUAUCCGAACCCCAAAGACUUUAAUCCUUCGAGAUGGGAAGAGAAUAAACACAAAGCUGGAACCUUUUUUCCCUUUGGAAGAGGGACUAGGCUAUGCCCCGGAAGUGAUUUGGCAAAACUUGAAAUUUAUACUUUUCUUCAUUAUUUUCUCCUUGAUUACGAACUUGAACCACUAAACCCAGGAACUAGUGUGACAUACUUACCUCAUUCAACGCCUGGAGACAAUUGCCUUGCGAAAAUCAAGAAGCUCUCAUCAUCAUCAUCAUCAUCUUACAAAAAAGUCUAGCUAGUGUUCUAUCUUGAUGCUCUCAUUGCUGCCAAUAAACAUAUCUCAAGUUAUCAUUGUACGUUUAUUUUAGGCAACAAAAACAUACAAUAUGGAGAAGAUUAGCUAGUGUUAGUGUUCUAUCUUGAUGCUCUCAUUGUUGCCAAUCCUUCAUGCCCUUUUUUACAUUUUAGGUACUCAAAUAAGUUUAUAUUUAGCGUAGCUGCAAAAGGCAUUAUGGUUUA